UAGGCACACUCCUUCACUCAGUCACUCUCCCCUUGCCGGUGACGUCCACCACUGCAAACAUUUGCUGCCUGCCAGCUUACCUGCAGCCCCCCUCGUCUCAGUCACGAUGACCCGCGCCCUCUGCUUGAGCUUCCUCCUCCUCCUGCUGCUGUCUCUGUCCUGUCCCGCGCGCGCUGAACCCCGGCGGACCACGUCCUCUCAGCGCAGGCAGCCUCGCGCACCGGCAGCCAAGGUGCGUUUGGCGGGCAACUAUGCGCGAGAGCCCCACGAAGGGCGCGUGGAGGUGCUGCACAACAACACCUGGGGGACCGUCUGCGAUGAUGAAGUGGACAUCAAGCUGGCCAACGUGGUGUGCCGAGAGCUGGGCUUCAUGAACGGUGUAACGUGGGCACACAGCGCCAAGUAUGGAGAAGGAGCGGGCCCAAUAUGGAUGGAUAACGUACGCUGUGACGGCUCGGAGAAGUCCUUGAAGGACUGCAAACACAACGGCUGGGGUGUGAAUGAUUGUAAACAUUCUGAAGACUUGGGGGUGGUUUGCACUGCUGAGCGCAGGCUUGAUCAGACAGCCAGUAGAGGCCACACCACUGCCUUCAGGCCCAAUGGCAACCCCGCACCUCAGUGGCAGGGCCUCGUGGCCACCCAUAGGCAUCCGGGAUAUGGCUAUUAUGGAAAUGGGCAUCAAAAUGAGAUCCCCAGGUUCCACAGACACCACCAGGGUCACAGUAAAGUGCAAAUUGAGGAGGUCCGACUUCGCCCCAUCCUCAUGGCUACCAAGAGGAAGAGCCUGAUCACAGAGGGUGCAGUGGAAGUAAAGCAUGCUGGGAGAUGGAGGCAAGUUUGUGACCUGGGUUGGAGUCUCAACAGCAGUCGAGUGGUGUGCGGGAUGCUUGGCUUUCCAGAGGCUACUCAGCACAAUGUCAAAACAUACAAGAAAAUAUGGGAUACAAAGGUUGCAGAUCCUUCAACAAGAUUGAGCAUGAUGUCAAAGAAGAAGGGAUUCUGGGUAGAGAAAAUUAACUGUCUCGGCACUGAGAACAGCCUGUCAGAGUGCAUUGCUCAGCUGUCUAUCCCCCGUAGUCCCAGUCCCUGUAAGAACGGGAGACAUGCAGUGGUAAAGUGUGUGCCAGGACCUCAGUUUGCACGCAUAUCCUCAGGGAGACCCCAGGCCCCCUAUCCAGUUGUGCCUGUGCGUCUGAAGGCCGGCCCCAGGCUGGGUGAAGGUCGUGUGGAGGUUCUACGAGAUGGAAAAUGGGGGACAAUCGUGGACCACUUGUGGGACAGAACUGCAGCCAGUGUGGUGUGCAGAGAACUGGGCUUUGGUACUGCCAAGGAUGCCCUGCAAGGAGCCUUUAUGGGUCAAGGCACAGGACCUAUACAUAUGAACAGUGUCCAAUGUAUGGGCUCAGAGCGCUCCAUCCUAGACUGCUACUACCAGGAAGUCCAACCGUGGACAUUUAAGCACAGCCAGGACGCCUCUGUACGCUGUAAUGUCCCUAAAACCGGCAUAGAAAACACGGUGCGGCUUACUGGUGGUAGAGUCCCAUCAGAAGGCCGUGUGGAGGUGUUGAUGGAGGUUGGGGGUCGUAAGCGCUGGGGCUCAGUCUGUAGUGAAAACUGGGGCAUCAAUGAGGCCAUGGUGUUAUGCAGACAGCUCGGCCUGGGCUUUGCAGCCAGCGCUCAUCAGGAGACCUGGUACUGGCCAGGUGACCAAAAUGCAGCUGAUGUUAUUCUCAGUGGUACUCACUGUGUGGGCACAGAGCUUUCAAUUCAACAGUGCCGCCGGAACAACCAUGUUCAUUGUCCUCGAGGAGGUGGAACAAAGGCCGCUGGGGUCAGCUGUUCAGAUACUGCACCUGACCUUGUCCUGGAUUCCCAGCUGGUCCAGGAGACAGCCUACCUGGAAGACCGACCCCUCCACCUGCUGACCUGUGCCAACGAGGAGAACUGUCUGUCUUCAUCUGCUGCCAGGAUGAACUGGCCUUACGGCCACAGACGCCUGCUACGCUUCUCCUCCCGCAUUAUGAACCUGGGUCGGUCCGAUUUCAGACCCAAAGCAACAAGAGAGAGCUGGACAUGGCACCAGUGUCACAGGCACUACCACAGUAUCGAGGUGUUCACGCAUUACGACCUGCUGACUCUGAAUGGCACGAGGGUUGCAGAGGGACACAAGGCCAGUUUCUGUCUGGAGGACACAUACUGCCCCGACGGACUCCAGAAGCGCUUCUCCUGCUAUAACAUGGGUGAUCAGGGUAUCUCUGUGGGCUGUUGGGAUACGUAUCGACACGAUAUCGACUGUCAGUGGAUUGACGUGACUGAUGUCCGACCAGGAGACUACAUCUUCCAGGUGGAAGUGAACCCCUCAAUGGACAUGGCUGAGUCUGACUUUAUGAACAAUGUCAUGAGAUGUCGGUGCAAAUAUGACGGCCACAGAGCUUACAUGUACGGAUGUCAUGCAGGUGAUGCAUAUAGUGCAGAGAUUGAGGACCUGUUUGAGCACCAGAGGCAAAUCACCAACAACUUUGUGUAGCCCCUCCCAGGGCCAAGCGCAAAGGCCUUCCAGUGGGGCCAAAAGACUACUCAGGAUGGGCUGAGGUCGAUGGCCCCUGGCCCUUUGGACCUUAGGACCCACAAAAACAGACAACACACAAAUGGCGCCUGUUCUUUCCAUGGCCGAUAUGGAUAAAACAUUCAAAAGCGCAUUGUAUCACAGUAGCGACCGUUGCAGAGACUUCACUGACAACGAGAGUGAAACAGGUGCCCGACGGUGCAACAUGUCUUUUACUUUAGUUUAUUAAGAAGAUAUUGGAUUCAAACUAUGCAGAUUUUUUUUGUUUUGUGAAUGUGGACGACUAGUAACUUAAAUUAGUUAUUCAAAAUGUAUACGCAUGAAAUUACUAACUAUCUCUAUAACUAAUCCGUUACAAAGACAACAGGGAGGCUGGUACAGUUGGGAAAUCUUAUUCCCAACCCACAAAAUAUGAAAAACUCUCUAAAAAAUAAUAAUUUGGUGAGUUUGCGUAAUUUCUGUUGCAAAAGGCUGAUUUAAUGCACAUUCAGCAAAAGUACUAUUUUAUCCAAAUUCUUUCCUUACUGAAUUUUGAAAAUGUUGUGCUUUUACAUUACUUCAAUAUUGGUGCUCUUUAACAAUAUGUUGUAUUAACCUCAGAACGUUUCAGGUGAACAGUGUUGUACAAUGCAUUUUGGGUAGCUUUUUCUUUGACAGUUAAUUAGGUAUUUUAACAUUGCUUUGGUUUUAACAAAAUCAUUAUUUUAUAAAGUGUAGUUGUGCUUCAGCAUUAAGCUUCUGACCUAGAAUAGGUAAGAAGAGCUCAAAUGAUUUUUAUGGAACAAAGCACUUUAUCUUUUAAACAGCAGUAUUCUAUUUUUGCCCCCUUUCUAAAAUUAGCCUUCAAAUUGACUUUUUAGGGUGUUUAUCUAAAAAACAUAUUUUUGUUUUUUACAUUGCAAAAAGUGAAACAUAAGGUUUGUGUUUAGUUUUCAUAUACAAUGUACUAUUUAUACUGUAACUUUAUUUAUUCAUGGAUUUCACACAUACACAGCAUGCUCAGUAAAGAGUUUGUUAGCCUGCGCUCAAUUAACAAUACUGAAUUUUUUUUGUUUUUCUGACAUCAUUAACCAGGGAGAGAAAAUUAUUUAAUACAGGACAUAAUAUUAGAACGUUUCCAUGAUACAGAUGAAUAAUUGUUGAUUUAUUUUAUUUUUGUUAUUAAAACAACUGUAACUGUACAGUUUUUUCUUCCAGCCUCUGUGAUGGGAGGGAGAAACCACAGUAUUGUGGCAGGCAUGCAGGCUGGGUUUUGAGAGCGUAUAAAAAGCCUUUUAAUUACGUCUGUUUGGGUUAGACUUAAGGUUACGGUUAAGGUUAGGGCUAUAGCAUGUGCUUUAUAAAGAAACACUAUGGAAUUGUUACUUAGGGAAUAACGGGACAAGCGAGAAUCCAUCUUUACCCAAACUUCGAGAAAGAUUCUGAGUUUCUUAGAAAUUCAGAAGGUGUUUGAAAGAAAGAUUGAGAAAGUGAGACAGAACGAGAGAUGAAGUUUGGAGAGAGGCUUAAGCAGACAUACAGUUUUUACUAUCAUAGCUGCCUUUUUGUAGGCAGCCAUACAGAGACCACAAGCUGGCAUUUUCAGCUCCCCAAUGAGAACAACAUGUUUGUCUCGGAGAAAAAAUAAACUCCUCAAUUCACGCUUUGACACAGUAAACAGUGGCCUUGUUUUUUACUAAAGUUGGGCCUUCUAAAAUAUACUGUAUUUCUCUCUUUGCUAACAUUUUAGCUCCACACCAAACCAUGAUGCAACUCCUUUUUCUUUACAACAUGGAACUUGUGUUAAUCAUGUAGUUUUACUCCAUUAAUGUGUUUGAUGUGUUUGGCUUAAUGUCUUAGUGGUUAAACCUGUUAAGACGUUUUUUCUAAUGGCCAGUUUCCAGGACUCGUCGUGGAAAGGACAAGUCACUCAUAAAGACAACUGCAGACUUCAUUAAUUUCUUUAGCACAUUGUUUCCCUCUUGGCUGGAAUUUCAUGAUUUUGAUUACACAAAGCAGGCUUAAAAAGAACGUGCAGCUUUUUAGAAUAACCUUUUCUAAUCGCCUGAUUGAACAGAGUCAGCCCUAUUACUAAAAACUGUUGGAGAUGUUAGCAGAGAGAUGUGAAAGUCUAAAAUGAGUUUCUGCUUUUCUGUUGUUUCGUGCUUGUGUACAGUUGCUGUUGACAUAUUAUGGUCUGUUCUGUGUUAUUUAAAAUAAUAUUUCAUUCCAUAUCUUAAGUUGGUUCAUAUUCAUCACUCUCACAUUACUGUAUUGUACCCAUGCUAUGUGCAUAGCACUGGGACAUUGUUUUCCAUGGCCAGUUAUUUUGUCUUUAAAGCUGAGAGUGUGAGCUACAUGGUGCUUAUCUAUAAUCAUAUUCAUAGAAAGCUGUGCUCUCAGGGACUUUAACCUCAUCUAAAGAGAAAAAAAAAGUUUCAUGUGAUGUGAUUAGGGUUGCUUUUAGCUGUGAUUCACACUCUUACAAAAAUACCCACAUGUUUAUUUUCUAGGUAAAAAUUGAAGGUAUGAAGAUGAUAAGCUUUGUUAACAUUUUUCCUUGAGGAAAGUGGACAUAACUGUGGAUACACACUGGCUGAAUCAGAGGCAAAUUUCAGUAGAAGACCAAAUCACAAUCCAUUCAUUCAUCAUUACUGUGAAUCAAUAAAACUUCAUCACAUACUAA